UUACCAAACUUUGCUCCUCUCUCUAGCCAUCUACUCCUCGCUCACACGCACAAACCCCGGCCCUAUACAAGAACCAUAUGUCAUAUGCCACUCAUGACCUAAUCACCAAGAUCCAUUUCUCAUCCAACAACAAGAACAGGCACGGCUCUAUCCUCAAUUCAGAAGUGCCACAGAAACCUGCAAUGGCUGCUACUGCUGCUGCCACCGAUCUCUCGCUCCACAUCAGCCCUCCUCCGCCGCCCGACGCCGGGAGCAGUGGUGGCCGUGGCGAAGCGUGCCACGAAACAGCCGACGGGUCGUUCUUCGCCAAGCCGCCGAAGCUGUGUCUUGGACUUGAGACGGCAACGGCGGCACAGCAGGAUGGCCAAUGCGACGUCGUCCAGCAGCAGCGGCUGCACCAACCUAGCCAGAUCCAGAGGUUCAAGAAAAGCUCGUCGUCAGCGGCGUUAUCCGGAGGCACGACGAGAUCUGGGAAUGGCGGCGGUGGUGGGACGAAGAGGAGCUCCAGGGCGCCGAGGAUGAGGUGGACGACGGCUCUUCAUGCCCACUUCGUGCACGCCGUGGAGCUCCUCGGCGGCCAUGAGAGAGCAACACCAAAGUCAGUGUUGGAGCUGAUGAACGUGAAGGAUCUCACACUGGCUCAUGUUAAGAGCCACCUGCAGAUGUAUCGAACAGUGAAGGGGACGACGGCAGACAGAUCAUGUGCUGCAGGCCAUGUCCAGAUGAGAGAUAUGGGCUUUCUGCAGAGGGCUUGUGAAGUGAAUGCCGCCUUUGAAGCGUUUAACCACAGUACUUCCAAUACUAGGAUGAUGGCAUCAUCAGCAAGGUCGUCGCCGGCAGGGAAGCAGGAGUUCGCCUGGUGCCUGCGGGCGCCCUUGGCGCAGCAGCAAAGCGGGUUGCCGCUGCCGCUGCCGCUCCCCUGCCCCUACCUCAUGUCUGCCCACCACAACCGCUACUUGCUCUCACAGGAUCACCAGGGAUGGCGGAGAGGUGCGCAGCAAGACGUUGCUGCCUCGCGCGUCCUACGUCAGGACGACAACACUGCACGGCGUCUGCACGCAGGCCAUGCCGACGCAGCCAUCAGGAGAUCAUCGUGGAGCGCAGGCGUUGCGAGCCGCUGGUCAUCGUCGUCGUCGACGGCCGGCACCGGAAGGAGCAGCGGCAGCAGCAGAGAGCAAGCAUGCUGGAUGAUGAACAAGCAGCAGCAGCAGCAGCAGCAGCAGCAGGCGCCAUCAUCAAGGGUCGCGGCACCGAACCUGGAGAUCAGCCUGGGGCGGCAGGGGUGGCAACAUAGCCUGCAGGAUCAGCAGCAGCGCAGCGGCGAAAGAGCUAACCCUUCUUAAGUGUUUGUGAAGUUAAUAGCUAAUUAUUAAGUCUGUAAUGAUCGUUUAAUCAUCAGUUACUUGCAUAAUUUCGUCGAGGAUGAGAUGUGCAAGCAAUUCAUCGAUCAAUCGACAUUAGCUAGCUAGAGAGAUGUUUGGUACUGCCUUUCUUUUUAUAGGGCUUUGCGCCUUUUGUCC